AUGGCUAAAGAGGUCAGUCUGAUUAAUGAGGUCAAAUGCAUGUUGAGUCAUAACUUUGAAAUGAAAGAUUUGGGGCUAGCCGACGUCAUCCUUGGAAUGAAGAUUCUAAGACAAGACGAAGUACUCGAAGGGUACUGCGAUGCCGAUUGGAUAUCUGAUGCAAAAGACUCACUGUCUAUAAAUGGAUAUGUAUUUAUGAUUGAAGGAGGAGUUGUUUCGUGGAAAUCUACCAAACAGAUGUGCAUUGCACGGUUCACAAUGGAAUCGGAGUUCAUCGCCUUGGACAAAGCUGGCGAAGAAGCCGAAUGGCUGAGGAACUUCAUGGAUGAUAUUCCAUAUUAG